GUUGAACAGAAAAGUCUCGUACUCUGGCCUAUAUUUCACGUCCUGCUCAGUUCCAAAGCAGAUCCUGUGCACAUUUUUUCCGGCCGUGAUCACUUGCUAGGUCUUGUCUAUCCGCCUUAUCGUUCACUGGUGUUUCUCCUCAUGUGUUUCGCUAACCAGAGACUUAAUUCUCACCCGGGCAUUGAUUCCCUCGACUUGAUUUGA